AUGGGGUAUUACACGCUGUCUCCAUAUAUUUUUAUCCUGUGUACGGAGGUUCUCUCGGAACUCUGUGAUAAGGCACUAUCAGAUGGGACGCUGUCUGGGGUUUGUGUUUCUCGGGCUAGUCCAGCAAUUGAUCACCUUUUGUUCGCCGACGACACGAUGUUCUUCUGCAAGUCGAACACCGCUAGCGUCAGGCAACAUAUCAACUUUGCAAAGACGGCUAUCACGUUCUCGGCACGGACUCCUCCUGAAGUUAAGAGCAGAGUUAAAACGGCUCUAUCUAUCGAAGCAGAAGGUGGUAUUGGAAAGUAUUUGGGCCUCCCGGAACUGUUUGGGAGAAAGAAAAGAGACAUCUUCGCAGCUAUCCUCGACCGUAUCAGACAACGAACACUUAGCUGGACUACUAAUUUCCUCUCCGGUGCUGGCAAGCAGGUCCUCUUGAAAGCAGUCUUGGCGGCGAUGCCAUGUUACGCUAUGUCGUGCUUCAAACUCCCAAAAUCUCUAUGUAAACAGAUCCAAUCCAUGUUAACUCGAUUCUGGUGGGAUGCAAACUCGACAAAGAAGAAGAUGUGUUGGGUUGCGUGGUCCACCCUAACUCAACCAAAGCAUGCUGGAGGUCUCAGGUUCAGAGACAUCGAGAUGUUUAACGACGCGCUGCUUGCAAAAAUUGGAUGGAGAAUCCUAUCUAAACCCCAAUCUCUAGUAGCCCGUGUACUACUGGGUAGAUACGCUCGCAACUCUACGUUUAUGGAUUGCCCGGUCUCAGCCUCCUCCUCCCAUGGUUGGAAGAGUAUCCUGGCUGGGAGAGAGAUUUUGAGAAUGGGUUUCAGUUGGUCUGUUGGUAACGGGGAGAGUAUAAGGGUGUGGCACGAUCCAUGGCUGAGUUGUGAAACCCCCCUGAUCCCUAUUGGUCCCCCUACUCUAGCUGCCUCUAACUUAUUGGUUAGCGACCUCCUAUGCAAACUCACCAAUACGUGGGAUCGUGAUAAGAUCAGACAGGAGUUGCCUCAGUACGACGAUGCUAUUCUAUGUAUCUUCACGAGUUCAGCUCCAUCGGAGGACCAGGUUGCGUGGGUGUAUGAGAAGUAUGGAGCUUACUCCACUAGGUCAGGAUAUGGCAUCGGUAUGAGCGCUGUGAGACCGGUUGCCUUUAUCCCCGUUCCUUUUGAUUGGCGAAAGAACAUCUGGAAUGUUAACACAGCACCUAAGAUUAAAGACUUUCUUUGGAAAGUGGUCAAGAAAGCAAUCCCCGUCAGCGCUAAUCUUGCCUCUCGGGGGAUCUCCUCCUUUCCGUGUAAGACUUGUAAUGAUGUGGAGGACGAUCUACAUGUUUUCCUCCUCUGCUCGGUAGCUAAGGAGGUUUGGGAACUAGCUCCGAUCUCUUGGACCCAACUCCCUAUGAUUUCCUCGCUUGGGGUCUUCAUCUCAUCAUGCGCUAGCAUUAAGAACCUUCCCCCGACGGGAGCCCGUAAUAAGAGAUGUUUUGAAGACAAAGCCUACUCCAGUAUGGAGAUCCUAAACAAGUACAUCUCUAAUGCUCGCAAAUGGCAAGGAGCCCAGAUGCUGACCACACCACCUACUAAAGAUGUGCAUGAACUAUCCCGAGGUAAGAGUGUUCCUCAGCUGCCCUCUCCGUCUACUACGAUGAUCACCUGUCAUGUUGACGCAGCUUGGGAUGCAAAUUCCGGUAACUGCGGGCUGGGAGGAGUCUUCACCGGUCCUCCCUCUACCACCCAUCUCCGUCAGCUUUGCGAAUCACGACCCUUUGUUUUUUUUGCGCUAAUGGCUGAAGCGCUUGCAGUUCGUCUUGCGGUUAUGACCGCAGCUUGUGCAAACAUUAAAUCCCUUCUGAUUCUGUCAGACUCCCUUGAUCUUGUCAAGCUGUUGAUAAAGAAAGAGAGCAGGCCAGCUUUGUUUGGUAUUGUGUUUGACAUCUACUACUUUACCUCUCUGUUUGAUGUUAUUUCCUUUGCUCAUGUACCCCGUUUAAACAAUUGCGAGGCUGAUUUUGUGGCUAGAUCAGCACUGGCUUCGAUCGUUGUAACAUCCGUUGGUGGAGAGUAA